AUGUCAUCAAGUUCAGACGAUGAGAGACCAAACUUCCAAUCCAAGAUCAACUUUGCUAACUUCAAUGUAGGAGCCAGGAAGCAACCAAAGCCAAAUGCUAAAAACAACUUGGCCAAAGCAGCAAAAAAGCAAUUGGGUGGGGUUGCAGGAAAGUCCAGUAAAAAGGGUGCUAGAUUCCCUGAACUGUACCAAAGGCACUCCAUGAUCAGUCAAAGUUCUUCAAGACAAUCUGGAGAAAGUCUGACUGCAAGCAGCAGUGAUGAAGAUGAUGUUGGCAGCUCCAAUCGACUGUUUGAAGCAAAUAGAAGCUUUGGGAACUCCUCUCCUUCACAGUACGGCGGCAAAUCCCGUGGUGGAACUAAUUUGCCCAGUUUUGACUUUAAUAAUGUAGUUCGGGGCCAGUUGAUGGAGGGUGAAGGUGAGGACGAUGAUGACGAUAUGGGCGAUGAAGGCGAAGAAGAAAACCAACUCGAUCCGAGGUUUUAUGAAACUGAUAGUUCGGACGAUGAAAGUGCAUUGGGAGUUGGGGCACAAAUGGCUCCACUGACCUCUAGAAAAUCAUCUAUAAGGUCGAAAUCAUCAUUAGGACAUAAUAGGGCAACUUACCCAGAUGAUAGUCCAGAUUCUCGAGGAAGUGUGAAUCACUUUGGCGGUGCCGCCGAUGCCGGCGGGGUUUUCGAAUCUCCUUUACAUCCAGACAUGUACCCAGAUGAACAUGAUAUAGUCGAUCAAGAUGCCACGUCGUUGGUAUCUGGUGGAUCGCAGGAAAGACCAACCGGUUUGAAAUCUAUCCUUCGUAAAAUGUCACUUGUUGAUUCGCACCCAAGUGACGAAUAUUCAAUGGGCGCUAGCCUGGGUCAUUCUCUGGGCCAACCUUCGCGAUCAGAUACAUUCCUUGGACGUGUGUUGAGCUUCAGCCAGGACCACGGUUUGGGCGGUGGUGGCUUGGUUCCAGGAGGUAGCCGCAGUGAACGUUACCCUAAUCGCUUGCAACAUAUUGACGAGGAAAGUGAAAUUGGUCUCGAUCCAGAAGAUCCCAAUUAUGAAGAUACAAUUGAAUUAAAAAAAAUGGAUUUUGCUAAAUUAAGUGAAGAAGCACAUAACUUAAUUGCAGGUCAUGUACCGGAAAUGACUGUAAAUAGAGCUGGCGAGCAACAUGGAGUAGAUUUGCUAGCAGAGACUGAAGGAGUCGGCCCAGUUGAAGGAGCAAGUAGCAGUACAGACAGUGUGAGAGAAGAAAAGAAGAGUACAAAUCAAUUACAGGGACCAGGUGAAAAUCCUGUGGAUACUUCCAACGGCGCCGAACCACAGGAUGAUUCCCAUCAUUCUUCAUUCCUUGCCCCCAAUCCCGAUCUCUAUCUUCGUGGGGAGGGCCAAGCUGAUGAUCCAGAUGACUACAUGAUGUUAGACGAGGACAUGGGAGACGGAUAUGUUGCCCCACCAAAAAAGGUGCACGCAGGUGUACUCUCUUCACUUCUUAAGCUUUAUGCUAAUCCCCAAGAAGCAAAAUCGUCUUCUACCUUUGGAACUUCUGCUGCAACAACGCUUGCCGAUGAUUUUGACCAAGAAGAAUCUGUUCACCAUAGUCAUAAGCCUGACUUUGGAAAAUUGAAGACCGGCUUCAAAAAGCUCGGGAAAGGUAAACGAGGUCAUCAAUAUAAAUCGUCCACCGAUGAAGGAGUCCGAUUUCCAGAUGGAGAUGUGGAGUCAAUAUCUUCUACCGCAUCGCACUACAUUGGUGAAGAUGCUCAGAAUCUUCCAUCGUUCCAAAAUGCCAAACCUCGUGCGCCUAAGAGAGUUACGGUUAAGGCAACUAAAUUAGCUGCAAAAAAACUCAAGGGCCAAAAGAAGUUUGAUCAACAACUCAGAAUCACAGUUCAUAUUGCGGAUAUUUUGCAACGCCAACGGUUUAUUCUUCGCAUGUGUAAAGCUCUUAUGUUAUAUGGUGCACCAACCCAUAGACUUGAAGAGUACAUGACAAUGACUAGUCGUGUAUUGGAAAUCGAUGGGCAAUUUAUCUACUUUCCAGGAUGUAUGAUCGUUUCGUUCGGUGAUGCAGCUACUAGAACUUCGGAAGUGCAUCUUGUCAGAUGUGCCCAAGGUCUUAACUUAUCUAAACUUUCUGACACUCAUAAAAUUUAUAAGUCAGUAAUUCACGAUUUAACUGGCGUUGAAGCUGCGGCAGUUAAACUUGAAGACCUUUUAUCAAAAAAGAACCUCUACAAUCCUUGGUUGUGUGUUUUCUUUUAUGGUUUGGGAUCUUCCAUGGUGACUCCAUUUGCCUUUGGUGGAGGUUGGCUUGAUAUCCCCGUUAGUUUUGCUGUGGGAUUAUGUGUUGGUUAUCUCCAAUUUUUUGUAUCUUCCAUGUCCAAUCUCUAUUCAUCGGUGUUUGAAGUUACUGCAUCGAUUGUUGUUUCAUUCAUAUCUCGUGGUAUUGGGAGUAUACACGGUGGGAAAAUCUUCUGUUUUUCCGCAAUUGCUCAAGGUUCGUUAGCAUUGAUUCUUCCUGGGUAUAUUAUUCUUUGUGGUUCCUUGGAACUUCAAUCACGUAACAUUGUUGCUGGAUCUGUGCGUAUGUUUUACGCUAUCAUCUACCUGUUGUUUCUUGGGUUUGGUAUUACCUUGGGUGCAGCUCUUUAUGGUUGGGUUGAUAAAAAUUCUAUAUCUGAAUCUACAUGUCCAGCAGACCAUGGAAUUGAUGCACGUUUCCGUAUUUUAUUUGUGCCAAUGUUUCUGCUUGCGCUCGGUUUAAUUAAUCAGGCUCGCUGGCGUCAAGUUCCAGUUAUGAUUAUAAUUGCCUCUGUUGGUUAUAUCGGUACAUAUUUUGCAGGUAAACAUUUCUCACUGGUUACAGAAUUUACAGCUGCAAUUGGUGCUUUCAUUGUCGGUAUCUUGGGUAAUAUGUACCUGCGUAUUUGGAAAGGUAUGGCCGUCAGUGCUAUGCUUCCAGCUAUCUUUGUUCAAGUUCCUUCAGGGAUUGCAUCACAAUCUUCUCUCUUGACCGGGAUUGAUACAGCUAAUCAAAUUACGAAUGGCUCCACUAAAACUGUAGAUGCAGCCUCUAGUGCUGGUUCACUCCUGUUUGGGGCAGCUAUGGUUGAAGUAUCAAUUGGUAUUAGUGUUGGGUUGUUUGCUGCAGCUCUUGUGGUUUAUCCAUUCGGGAAGAAGCGUACUGGGCUCUUCACUUUAUAG